UUGCUCCGCAGUGCAACUCAUCCGAAACCCCCGGUUGCCUUUGACACGAGUUAUUUUCGCCCCCCUGGACGUCUUCCACUCGGAACGACUGACUGUACUAGUAUAGGAUGGCAGAUCCUUAUUCUAGUAUGAAUGUGAUGGAGGAGAAACUGCGUUUGUCAGAAUAGAGGUGCAGUUGAAAUGCGUUCCCAUUCGCAAUACACCAACUCACCUACCUAUCACCACUUACACAAUUUGACGACUACUCUCAACUUCGCCCGGAAGCACCUAAGAUGCCUCUUUCGAUGACCCUUCCGAAAUGUCAUUCUAUGGAUUACGGCUUGACGUAUCGGAUUCUCUUAGCGUACAUCGCUUACCCUUCAAGUUGAUUGUUUGCGUAGCUAUUCACAUCGUUGCUCGACGCACUAAGGGCCAUUUCAUAUUUCCACGCCGCUGCACUCCGAUCUGCUGGAGGAGCAAGUCUUGCCGGCGCACGGACCCCCGCAUCCUGCCGCUUGACCACGUCACCCUUUUAUUCCAUAAUUACCUGAUUCCUAUUAUGUUUUGUUUACUACAAAUACUGUACAUAAGUGAAUGACUAGCUAAGAGCUCCUUGUUGAAAUUCUUGUUUCUUGAUACGCUGUGGACCGACCAUUGAAUACAACGGACUAUAUUUC